UCCGCCAUAUCAUUUCUAUGAAGAGGAAUUUACAUGAGAAUUAGAUCUUAUUUGAAAAAUGCUCUUAAGACACGCUUGUUAAACAAUUAAAGCGAGAAAAUUUCAAUUCAAAGCGCUAAUUUUUCUGCUAACACGUGAUCAUUAGCAAUCAUUAGCAAUCUUUCCUCGUCGCGACAUAGCUUUAAACGCCUGAAACAUCUUGAACUGCGGUUUAACUGUCUAUACCGAACAUCAGGCGCAAAACACAUCAUCCGCUGUCGCCGGAGACAUUUUUCGCGAGGCCGGUGUCUGUCGCAGUCGCCGGGCACUGGGCACGGACAUGAACUUCGCUUUGGCCCGCUUCAUCCUCCAUCUGGGGUUCUCCUGCGAAAGACCCGGGAACAGCAAAAGCUAUGGCUUCCUUCUCUUACAUCCCAAGAAGAGGCCAUUCUCUUCCGCUGCUGUCCCUCUAGCGCAGAAGACGGGUGAAGAGCUUUUGGUGGUCGUUGGAGGUGGAGCAGCCGGAGUUUACGGAGCAAUCAGAGCCAAGACGGUCGCGCCUCGUCUUAAUGUCUUGGUCAUUGAAAAAGGGAGGCUUUUGUCAAAGGUAAAAAUAUCUGGAGGAGGUCGUUGCAAUGUAACGAAUGCACACUGCACAGAAAACCUGGUUUUGGCAGAACAUUACCCUAGGGGUCACAGAGAAUUAAGAGGAUCAUUUUUCAGCAUGCAUGGUCCAAUGGACACAAUGACCUGGUUUUCUGAACAUGGUGUCAAACUCAAGACAGAGGACGAUGGAAGGGUUUUUCCUAUUAGCGAUAGUUCAUCUUCGAUAAUUGACUGUCUUCUGUCUGAAGCCAAGCAAAAAGGAGUUCUAAUACAGACUGGCAAAGUUGUCACCAGUGCUUCUAGAGAUGUUGAUGGGAACUUUCUGGUCAAGAUUGAGAAGCGUGCAACUAACUAUAUGGAAAAUCUCAAAGCUGACUAUCUGCUGAUAGCCAGUGGGAGCAGCCGGCAGGGUUAUGUCUUAGCUACUCAGCUUGGUCAUUCUAUUGUGGAUCCAGUUCCUAGCUUGUUCACUUUUAAAAUUGAGGAUUCACAGCUAGCCGAGUUAUCUGGGGUCACAUUCCCUAAAGUUCGUGUGAAGCUGAAACUAGAAAAUGUUCAGACGAACAUACCCCUACUUACACAGGUUGGACCCAUGUUAGUUACACACUGGGGACUUAGUGGUCCUGCAAUUUUAAGACUGUCUGCUUGGGGAGCUCGUCACCUUUUUAGUUCAGAUUAUGAAGGUGAUCUUUUUGUAGAUUUUGUACCAGAUAUUAAAAUGGAAGAUGUGAAGUCCAUCCUAACGAAACAAAAGCAGCGGUUUGCGAAACAAAAGCUGCUCAAUGCUUGUCCUUUGGAAUUUGGCAUUGUGAAGAGAUUUUGGAAAUAUAUAUUGGAUCAUGAGGGUGUGGAUGCAGAUAUUCUCUGGGCUUCCAUUUCAAACAAUUCAUUGAUUGGUGUUGCUUCUCUGUUAAAGCAGUGUAUGUUUCGGGUAAUGGGAAAGGGCCAAUUCAAGGAUGAAUUUGUCACUGCUGGAGGUGUCCCCCUAUCCGAGAUCUCACUUAGUACAAUGGAAAGCAAGAUACGGCCCCAUCUGUUUUUUGCAGGCGAGGUGCUGAAUGUUGAUGGUGUUACUGGUGGUUUCAAUUUUCAGCCCACUAAGGUGCAAUGGUUUAUAAACGCCAUCAAUUGCAGAAUGCAUGGUCUGGUGCAUAUAUUGCGGGAACGAGCAUCGGCAAGCUGGCACUUGAACCUAAGACGAAGAAGGAAGUUUAUUUUGGCACAAAAGUCGAACAAGGGAAGACACCAAGCUGAGCCUCUAAUGGUCAGGUUCACAAAGCAAAUUCAACAGUACAUGUGUGGCAUGCGAACUUCUCAGUUGUAGCCUUAGGCUCAAGACCUUGCAAGUGUAGAAUCCUUUUAAAGAAAAAAGGGUUUCUUCUCCUGCUGAACUCCUCACGGUAGCCUGAAAAUGGAAUCAGCUUCACUUGCAAUUUCUUUAGACAUGCACCACAUGAUUUGUAUUCAUAUUGUUCAAGGACAAGUCUGCAUCAUCGAUCACUUUCACUACUAAGUCGGAGCGCUUCGCUCAAGAGUCAAGAAUAUUACCUAUAGAAGUUUGCCUCAUCUCUA